UGCAUGGACCUGAAAGACGGCUAUGAUAAUAUCGGGAGUGAUGUAGACUUUACAUUUCGAAGCGUAGGAUUACAAUUUGUACAACAUUCAUAUCUAAUUAUUGACGAUAUCAUUGUAAAUAUUGUAAAGUUGCCUAUCGAUAGAUAUGAGUGUGCUCGACUUUGGUAAAAAGCAGACGCAAGUUUAGUGAAAGUUAUUUAGUAAAAUAUGUGUACGAUCAGUGACGUGUUCACAUCUUGACAAUUCCGGGAAUAUAGAUAAAAUUCGCGAUGUCGAGUGCGUCCGAGGAACCACCGGGGGAGAUCGAAGGAGAGGCCUCAGAAUCAAUGGUGCAUGCGAAGGAGAAGUGUGAACAGAAUAAAAGUCAAUUGGAGUCCCUCAAAGAAAUCAUGUUAAAGAAUAAGCAAAGUUUAAUGAAGAAAGAAGAAGAGGUGCAGGAAUACGCGAGGAGGCUUUCGAAAAUUAAAUCUAGAGCCAAGUUGUCACGGCGUAGUAAAGGGGGAAGCUCGGCCACGAAGGAUGCGACGCAUCUGAUCGAAACGGAUGUACCUGGUACAUCGGAGGAAUUGAAUAUCGACGAUAUCAGUCAAGCGAAAACUCCGAAAGCGAAGUCUACUUUACUUCAAAAGAAGCUGGCAGAGAAUAGGAAGGCCUUUGAACAGCGUAACAAGGAAAUUAUUGAAACUAAGAGGGCAGUUGAGGAAAAAGUUGAGGCUAUUAGGCAGCAACUGGAGGAAAAAGAUGUGGCAGCGAUCGGUUUUCAAAGGGAUCAAUUAUCCGUUCUGCCUAUUAAGCCAGUCAUGAUCACUUCUGAUGUCAUGGCGCCUGUACAAAUUGAAAGCAUUCAAGAAAAAGAUAAUAAAAUUGCAGAGCUUACGAAUAAAAUGUUAGAGCUUGAAGCAACGAUAGUAGACCUUCAAGAAAACUUGAAAGAAAAAGAUUCUGUUAUAGAAUCGAAAACAAAGGCAGUUACUCUGAUGUCUGCCGACCUUUCAAGGAAGGGUAAAACGACCUUGGAUACUCUCGAGGAUACGAAAGACGAAAUGCGAACGAUGCAAGAACAUUUUAUACUUUUAGAAGAAUCGUUGAAAAAUAAGAACGAGAAUCUCUUAAUGCAGCUGCAAGAAAGGGAUAAGAAGAUAGUGGAAUUAGAAGACUCGGUUGAUCGAUUUGAAAAGCAGAUCGAUCAGCAGAAAUUGUCUGAAUCAGCAAGCGCUGAUUUCUCUCGUUCGACGAUGGAUGCUUUGGUGGAAACCAAAGAAGCUAUGAAAUCCAUGCAAGAAAAUUUCGUACUAAUGGAAUCGUCCCUUAAAACAAAAAAUGAGAAUUUGCUUCAACAGUUAAAUGAUUAUGAGCGGAAGUUAGCAGAAGCUAACGAACGAGUUUUCCAGUUAGAAUCCGGCAUCGGGAUAGUCAAAGAUCCAUCCGUCGACGAUUUGCGGUACAAAUUAGAAAAACUGGAAACCAGUAACAAACAGUUACAAGACGAGAAAUACGAGUUACAAAAAAGCGUUGCGGAUUUGCAAGAUAAAGUUGUAAAUAUAUCGUCGAUGCAUGGAAACGGUGCAAUAAUAGAAAAAGAUAACAGAAUACUCGAACUAGAGAAUUUGAUCGAAGAAUUGAAGCAAUCUAAUAAACUUCUUGAAGAGGAGUCGAAGGCAGAGUUACAGAAGCAAGUGACCGAUUUAACAUCGAAGAACGAAGAAUAUUUGAAUAAAGUGAUCGACCUUGAAAGUUUGGUGCACAGACUUGAAGAGGAGAAGAAUGAAAUUGCUGCCAAACUGCCUGAAGAAGGUGGCGUUAAAGAAGAAGACGAGAAAGUGGCAAGACUUACGAAGGAGUUGGAAGAUUUAAAUAAGAGCAUGAUUAAGAUUAAAGCACAGCAUAAGAGUAAAGUGAAAAGCUUGCAGAAACAGCUAGAAAACUUUAAAAAGGUGUCUGAUACAAAUGCGGAACUUGUCAGAUUGGGGAAUCAAGUGGCAUUGUUAGAGGAGGAGAAAGGUAACCUUCAGCUGAGUCUGGUAGACUUUGACGAGCUUAAAGCCUCAGCAGGAGAUUGGCAAGAACGUGUUAUUGAUCUUGAAAGUAAAGUUUCCGCUCAAACGAAAGAAAUUGAAAUGCAAAUCGAUGCCAUUGCCACUCUAGAGAAUCAAAAGUUGGACCUUAUGCAAGAAUUGCACACAGCUAAGCAGGAAAUCUCGUCGCUGGAAGCAGAGAACGCUGAAUCCGAGAAUCUUAGAGUAACCGCAGAGAUGAAAGUGGUUGAUCUGGAAGAGCAAUUAGAAGUCCUACACAAAUCUCAACCCGAAAUAAAAACAGAAUCCUCGACAGAUCCAUCAGCUAAUCACUCAGAGCUCCUCAAACAAAUACAAGCCUUGACUCAAGAAAACACCGAGUUAUAUAAUAGAAUAUCAAAAUUAGAAGAGAAAGGGACAUCCGAUACUGGUUCCACCGAGUCAUUCGAAGCCAUACAAGAAUUAGACAAAACAGAUUUACUGAAGAAGAUCGAAGAUUUGACUCAAAAGAACAACGAAUUAACUCUCAAAUUAAAUAAGUACGUAGAAAAGGAAAAUACGAUGGCUGGAGGAUCUAUAGAAUCAAUGAACGACGUUAAUAGAAAUGAAUUGUUGAAGAAAAUCGAUCAAUUGACUCAAGAAAAUGCAGAUUUGACUAUGAAAUUGAAUAGAAUAGAAGAGAAAGGUUCUUCCGAUACAGGUUCUACAGAAUCUUUCGAAAGAAUCCCAGAACAUAACGAGAGCGUCACGAAAAUCGAACUCCUUACUCAAGAAAAUAAUGAGCUUAUGCUGAAAGUUGCGAAACUUGAAGAGGAAUUGAAGCAAAUGGAUAAAUCUGAUGAUCAAGAUGAAAAACGCUUGAAAUCACAAAUAGAUACUUUGUUAGAAGAAAAUGAUAAUCAGUCGUCAGAAUUAUCAAAACUUAGAAUUGAAUUAACGAAUCUUAUUGAAGAGAAUAAUAAGUUAAAGAUUGGAAUAUCAGACACGACUGAAGAUGCUGAAACUUCGAAGGAUGAAAUCGAUUUUAAAACUGAAUUAACAAAUCUGAUAGAAGAGAAUAAGAAAUUGAAACAACAGAUUGAAAUGUUAUCUGCAGACAAGACAGACUUAGCUGCUGUCGAGAGAAAGUCUGAAAUUUCUGAAACUUCGAAAGAAGAAAUCGAUUUCAAAGUACAAAUCGAAUUACUAUUAGAAGAAAAAGGCCUUCUGCAAAAAGAAGUGAAAGAACUGCGAAAUUCUUUACAACAGGGACAUGAAAUGGAUCAAAAUGUCCAACUCGAUGAAGUUCGAAUCCAAUUAGAAGAAUUAUUAAAAGCCAAAGAAGAGUUAGUAAUGAAGUUGUCAGAAUUUGAAAUCCUCAAUAAGAAAUUAGAAAAUGAUUUACUUGAGGCAAUGCAAGAAAAAGAAGAACUCCACUUGAAACUUGAUCAGUUGUUGGUCGAUGACCAAAACAAGGAAGAAAUGAAAUUAAUCGAAAAAUUGGAGAAAUUGUAUAAAGAAAAAGAAAUUAUUACUAGAGAAAAACGAGAGCUUGACGCCUCAUCACAAAAAUCCGAACAACAAACGCAUGAAACAUUGCAAUCCGACGAAUCUUCGAUGCUCCAAACAGAAUUGAUGAUCGUUGCCUCUUUAGAACGCGAAAUAGAAUCGCAUAAAAAGCUAAUAGCCGAGCAAACAAGCCUGAUUGAAGAGAUGAAACUAAAACUAUCGAACAAAGAAGAAGAAUUAGAAGAAAAGAGUAAACAAAUCCAGCACGAGACGUCAGAGAAGAAAAUCGAAAGCCUAGAAAAUGAGUUAAAAGAAAUGUUCAACACGAUAGAAGAAUGGAAAUUUAAGUGUAACGAAAUGCAAGAAAAAAUAGAGAAACUCGAAGCCGGGAAAACUUCUAUCGAAGAAGGAUUUCGAUUGUUACAAAAUGAAAAUGAAAUAUUAUUACAAGAGAAGAAAGAAAAAGACACAGAGGCCUCUUUAUUAAAACAAGAAUUGCAAGAGACGACGAAGACGUUUGAAUCAAAGCUUCAAACACAUCUUGUCGUAGUUUCUGAAAAGGAAAGCGAGAUUUCAUCGUUGAAGGAAGAACUCGAAGAAAAGAAUCGAGAUUUACAGAACAAAUUCGCUGAAUUGCAGAAUAAAAUGAUUGCGAUAGAUACGUUGCAAGAUGAACUUAAUGAUUAUAAAAUAUUAAUUCAAGAGAGAGAUUCCUCAUUGACAUCAAUGUCGAAUGAAAUGGCAGAUCUUAAUCACUUAGUCAAGAGUAAAGAAGAAGAAAUCCAUUCUUUAAGAAGAGAUAUUACCGACUUGUCUGAUAAAGUCGAAGAAUCAAAGCCUCUGAAAGAUUACAACGACUUAUUAGAACAAUUGAAGAAUAAAGACAUGAUUCUCGACGAAAUGGAAUGCAAGAUCAGCGCGACUACAAAAGAAAACACUAAUUUAAUAGAAAAAAUAAAAAAUCUAUCUCAACAGAAUAGUGAGAUUAAAGAUCAGUUGGUUGAGAAGCAACAAGAACUCGUCGAUUUAAUAAAAACGAAAGAUAAUUUAGAAGGACAAAUCGUUGAGUAUAAAAAUGAUAAAAGUGAAGCUGAGAAGCGAGUAUGGGACCUGCAAACUACGAUAGAAACCAAUGCAAAGUACGUGGACGAUUUGCAAAUUGAAUUGAAAGACAGUUACAGACAAAUGGAAUUACUAAAAACGAAGCAAAUCGAAGAUGUUCAACUCCAAAACGAAAAGCUUGAGAAUCUAACAGAGGAAUUGAACGCCAAAAUGCAAGAAUGUGAAGUGUUGAAAGGCGAAUUGGAAGAAAAGGAGAAAUUAAUUAAUAAUAAUCUAACGGAAGAAGUUAGAAUUGCUUUAGAAGGAAAAAUUGCUGAUUUAGAACAGAAAUUAAAAGACGCUGAAGAUAAAAUUCAAGCGCAGUUAGAAAGAAUGAAGAAACUAACUGCGAACUUAAAGAAGAAAGCAGCAAUGUGCCAGGAACUCGAAUCUCGUGUCGCCGAGUUGGAAGAGAAAUGGACAACCGAGAAGGAUGAAAAAGAAGCGAAAAACAAGCAAAUUCAAGAAGUAGAAAUCCUCAUGCGUGAAAAAGAUAACAGAAUAGCCGAUUUAGAAGAGAAGUUAAUAAAAUCAAGAAACGACUCCAUAGAAGUAUCAAAAACUAUCGACAGACUUUCGAACGACUUAACUAAUUCUAAAGAAAUAAUAUCAGUUUUCACGCAACAGAUAACAGAAAUGGAAGAACAGAUCGUCCAACUACGUACGAACCUCGAAAUCUCAACAGCUGCUUUAAACUCAGAGAAAGAAAGCAAAAAUAACAUAAUUUCAAAGUUCGAAGCUUAUAGACAAGAGGUAGCUGAAGAAAAUGUAAAGAAGCAAGCAGAGUUAGAAGAAGUUACAGAGAAGGCUAGAGAGCUUAGCGUACGAAUGCAAGUGAUGGAAACGGAGUAUCUCCAACAGCUGACAUUAAUCAACAAUCUCAAAGCAGAAAAUGGGUUGCUAUUAUCAAAACAAGCUCAAAUCAACGAAAAGCUGGAAACUGUAGAAAAGGAAUCUGAAGAACGACGAUUAUUACUUGAAAGAAUGGACAGAGCUUCGACGGAAGCGACGCAAACUUUGGAAGAAGUUACGGACGAAAUGAAAACGCAGCGCUGUAGCCAUUGUGAACAGUGUCAAACUUUAGUACAAGCUUUAGAAGCAAAGCUGCAAGAAAGGGAAGCUGAAAUCGAGAACCUAGACAACGAAUUAGCUAAUUCUAUCGGGAAUUUUGUACAAAUGCGAGAAUCCCUUCGAUUUAACGAUUUGAUGAAUCAGACUGGUAGAAAUAGAUCUUUAGAGGAUCCUUAUAACGAUCUUCUAUUCCAAUAUAAUUCCUUGAUAUCCAGUCAUGAGGAAGUGAAAUCGAAAUUAGAGGAUGCUUUGAAGGAGAACAAGGAAUUAAUUGCGAAGGUUGAAGAGCUACAGCUUGCCAAUGCCACGUUGGAAGAGAAAGUGACUACGACCGAACAGAGUUUGGAAGAAAAUGAACAGAAUGCUGAAAGAUUACAGAGUGUAUCAAGCUCUGAUUUAAUUACAACGUGUCAGAAACGAGAGGCAGAACUAUUGAACAUGCGACAGGCAAUGGAAGAACUUCAAAAGGAGCAAUUAAAUUCUAUUCAGUGUAUAGAAUCACAAAAAGAAAAUAUAGAAAAAUUAUUGGAACACAAACGAGGCUUGGAAGAAGAAAUAUCUUCUCUCAGAAACGAUAAAAUUGCCUGUGAUAGAAUAAUCGAAGAUUUGACGAUGGAAUUAGAAGCCUAUAAGAAUCAGAGUACAAAAUCAGAAGCAAGGGAAGAGAUACAACUAAGCGUGGCUCGAGAAGAAACGCAAUUAAGCUCCUUUAAAUCUAUAGAAUCACAAAAAGAUGUAGAAAAAUUAUUGGAAGAAAAUCGAGGCUUGGAAGAAGAAAUUUCAUUCCUAAGAAAUGACAAGCUUGCCUGUGAAAGAAGAAUCGAGGAUUUGGCAAUGGAAUUAGAAGUCUAUAAAAAUGAAAGUUUAAAACGAGAGGCAGGAGAAGAGCUUCAAGAAAAGCAAUUAAGCUCCAUUAAAUCUACAGAAUCACAGAAAGAGGACAUAGAGAAUUUAUUACAAGACACCAAACGAAGCUUGGAACAAGAAAUCUCUACUCUAAGAAGCGACAAGCUUGCCUAUGAAAGGAGAAUCGAAGACUUGUUGAUGCAACUAGAAAUCUAUCAAAAUCAAAGUACAAGACGAGAAAGGAAAGAAGCUCCUGCUUUUGAUGCUACACCACAAGACAAUAUUCCACAGUUGUUUGAUGCUUCGAAAAUCUUCGGCCUGCCGUCCUCUUCCGAUUCCGAUUUAUUAGCUAAUAAAGAAGUGAAACGAAUGCAAGCUUUGUUGGAUGAAAAGGAAGCACAGUGUUCUAAUUUGACUCAAGAGAUCAAUCAUUUACAGAAAUUAAUGAUUGAAGAGAGGACACAAAUGUCUCAAAAUUACAGUCAAUGCCUUGAGGAAUUGGAAAUGUCGCAGAAGAAGUUACAUGUUGCUCAGACGAAUUUGGAAGAAUUAGAACAAGUCAGGAUGCAAGAAGAUUCGCAUAUAGAUUGGUUGAAUACAGAGCUGCUUAAUCUAAGUCUGCAGAUAAUGGAACAGCAGAAUAAUAUGAGGAAAGACAUUCAAAUAGAAGAGCUGAAUAUGACUUUGAAUUCUAUAAAAGAAUCUUUAAGGAAGAUUAGUUUGGAACGAGACCAGCAAAUUGCGAUUGUAGAGUCUUACAAAUCGCAAAUUGAUCACUUGAAAGGUGAAUUGCAGAAUGUGACGGAUCCUGGGGCAACGCAGGAGUUGAAAAAUCAAAUCGUUGUUCUUAUGAAGACCGUGGAUCUGCUGCAGCUACAGGUAAAUGACUUACCAAGAUCUCUGGAGGGACAUGAAGACUCUACAAGUCGAAUUUCGCGCGAGAGGGACGAGACCAAAGAACGGAUCGCAAAUCUCACCCAAACCCUAGAGGACGUUUACAAGGAAUCCCAAAAAACCGUCAGUACCACCGAUACUUCAAAAGACUCUGUUCCGCCGCAAGAAACACAACAACAAACCACGGAAGCUAUGAAAGUUCAAGAAGAAACACUGGGUGACGUUGCAUCAGCUUGGGCCGCAGACUCUACAGAAAAAUUGAACAUUGACGAAGAUACAUGGGGCUGGAACGCAGAGGACGUUCUACCAACUGGCGAAGAACAGCUGGCCUUGUUUCCAAAUACGGAAAUACAAUUACGGGCAACGAUCGACGAUCUCCAGGAUCAAAUAAAGGAUCUAGAGAAAGAUAGAGAGAGAAUGAUAGAAGAGAGCAAAUCAGCUCAGUUGCGAAAUGCGAAAAUGAUUAAAAAAUUGAAGGAAUACAAGGUACAAGUGGAGAAUCUUCAACAACAAUUGAAAAUACAAAAAUCGAGCGAUUUUUACGAAUUGGACUCUGCGAUAGAAGAAGAAUUAAAAUCUCAAAUUAGUAAACUAGAGAAAGCCUUAACCGAAGCUGGGGAAGAACAAAAGAGUAUUAUUUCUGAGAAAGAGGCUUUGGUUAAACGUUUAGACGUUGUCCUUGCCGCGAAUGAGAGAUAUAUGGAGAUGAAGGAGAGGCAGGAUAUGGAAAUGGAAGUGCUACGUAUUCGAAGUAAAGAGCUAACCGACAAAGUCGAAACACUUGAGAAACGAUUAUCCGAAAGUCAAAAAGAUUCUGAAGAAAAUGCAGGAAAAGAGGACUCGAAGGCCACUACAUUUGUUCAACAAGACUCAAAGGUCACUAUGUCUGUUCAACAACAUCCUCGAGCUAAACGAUUCGCCAGUGACGAAGAUUACGAGAGCUUGUGUCAAAAAUAUAAAGAAGAAAUUGAUGACUUGAAAGACGAGAUGGAAGCCUUAGCGACUGAAAACGAACAACUGCAACGUUUCUUAGAAGAGCAAAAAAUGAAAUUAUCUAAUUUAACAUCGAAACAAAGUGCAGAAGAAGCUGAGUCAAUUCAAAUCGUAGAAGAUUUGAAUAAAAGGAUAUCAGAGCUACAAAGCUUGCUAUCUAAAUCUAAAGAAGAGUACGAUUUAUUAAGAAAGCAGUAUGAACAGAGUUUGAUGGAUGCGAAUGACCAAGUAACGAUUAUGAGACAGAAUACUGAUUUCUUGAAAGAAGCAACAUUCGAGAAGACGAGUAAGCUAGAAGCAGAAAUAACUGAUUUACGUCAACAACUUCAGAUUUCUGAAUCAAAUUUUCUUGGGUCUCAAAAGAAUUUGGAAGAUUCUCUGAAAGAAAAAGAAAACUUAGAAGAACGACUAACAACAUCAACAGCCUCCUAUGAGAAACAAUUAUCUUCACUAAAUGCCUCAAUGGCAGAAAUCACUGAUCUUCUGAAUAUUAGAAUUCAAGAAGUAGCUGAUUUGAAACAGGAACUUCAAAGGCAAUAUGUAGUAAACGUGGACUAUGAAGAUACAAAAGUAAAACUAGAAGAGGUUGUAGAAGGAUUGAAUCGAGAGUUGAGUGAGAAGAAAAAACAAAUAGAAACUCUAAACGAAACUCUCAAUCGAUCUACUCAAGAAUUGGUAGAAAAAUACACGAUUGAAAUGGAAGAAAAAGAAAAGGAAAUACGAAACCUCCAAGAGAAAUUAUUUAAGUUAGAAGCAUCCUUAAAUGAAACCCUCAAUGCUAAAGAAACAGAAUUUCUUCAGUCACAAAACGUAGAAAAGGAAAAAGAACUCCAAAGCCUCCAAGAAAAAUUAAUAACAUUGCAAUCAACCUUAAAUGACUAUUCCUUAGGACAACAGAAUAACCUAAUGCAAAUCGAAGCCCAACGUCAGGAAUUAGAAUAUCUCAAACAGAAUUUGAUAGAAAAAGAAUCAAUUCUAGAAUCUCUUCAAACAGAUUUAAUAUCCACAAGAGAAGAGUUGAAUUCUAGAGAGUCAGAGCUAUCGAAAACCAAAGAAGAUAAUCACAGAUACUUACAAAGUAUCGAAGAGAUACAAAAGCGUUUAAAUGAAGCCGAGGCAAAAUCGAUCGACUCAAACCAAAGCUUCUCAGAAGAGGUUCAAAGCUUAGAACAGGAAAAUCAAAGCUUAACUCAGGAAAUUCAAAGCUUGAAACAGGAAAUUCAAAGCUUGAAACAAGAAAUUCAAAGCUUGAGAUCGAUCGUAAUGGAAAAAGAUUCAACCUUGCAACGAUAUUCUGAAGAAUCUGCCCAAUACAAAAUAAUUACGAAUAACAACGAGAUGGAGAUCCAAAGGCUAGAAACCGAAUUACUAAAAAAAUCUGAAGAAAUAAAUACUUUGACUUUUGAAUUAGAAGAAACUCGUAAAAUUCUGGAGGAAACCAAAUGCACUUUAAAAGAAAAAGUGUCUCUAUUAGAAAAUGCCAAUCAAGCAUUAAAUGAAAAACAAACCGAAUUGGCUCAGACGUCAAGCGUGUCACAACAGAGCUCUGCUCAAGACCAGAGUUCUUCUAAUAUCAUAGACGGUUUGCCAUUGUUCAGAAUGACUGAUAACAGUCACAGUUUGCAGCAGACAAUAGACACAAUGCAAGCUGAGUUAGAAAAAAGACAAGAAGAAAUCGAACAUUUAAAAUACAUUCUAAACGAGAAUACAUAUCCCAGUAUGAUUCAAAAAAUGCAAGAGAGGAUCAAUUGUCUAUACAAUGAAAAAUCCGAAUUAGAAUCUUCUUUAGAAUUAGCUAAUUUGAGAAACGAUGAGAAAGAGCAGGAAAUAAACGAUCUGAAACAUCAAAUGCAGAGCCACGAACUCGUUUUGAAAGAAGAAGAGGGAGGCAGAAAUACUUCAUCUCGAGAAGAUCCAACAUUUCGGAGGUCCAUUCAAGAUCAGGAGCAAAUAGUCAGGCUCCAAAACGAUUUAUACACGAAAGAACAAGAAAUCAGUGAACUGAAAUACAUAAUAUCUGAGAAGGAUUCUCACUUGUCUCUGCUUUCAAGCAUGGAGCCUCAAUCAGAUGAUUUCGAACUACGUGAAACGUUGCAAAGAUUGACAGCUGAUUUAUAUGACAAGGAACAAGAAAUUCAACAAUUGAAAUCUAGUAUUUCCAAACUCGAAGCAGAAACGUUCCGUUUACAACAGUUCGAAAGAUUGUCUGAGGAAACUAGGAACGCUCUAGAGAAGUUGAACAUUGAAAAGGAAGAGGUGCGCUUACAGGCAGAGGAAUUUUUACAAAAUAAGUUGAAGGAGAAGGAACUAGAAAUAGACGAGAUUAAACAAAAACUUUCUGAGGAGAACCGUAGUAUUUUAGAUCAGUUGCAAUUAAGAGACAGAGAUAUUGAAAAUUUAAAGAAACAAUUAGAAGAAUUCGUGGCAAUUAAUCAAUCAACGAAAAAUGAAUUGCAUCAGAGAAAUGAAGAGUUAAAUCGCGUUGAGUCGGAGUUAAUUGAAAAGGAACGAAUCUUAAAUGAAUGGAGCAUAACUAAAGACGUGGAACUUAAGAAUUUACAAAUACAGAUUCAAGAAAAGGAAGCUCGUAUAGAAGAGCUUUCGAUGUUGUCUAAUCAGGAAGAGAAACAGCUUGCUGAAUUGAAGAAUACUUUAGAAGCCAGAGAAACUGAGAUUAAUUCGUUGAAAUCGCUUUUGGAAGAAAAGGUGAGCGAGUAUCAAUUGAUUCAAAGUGUUUUGAAGAAGGAAGUAGCCGAUCCUUCAAUGGCUCAAAGCGCAGAAGCGUCGAGCGAUGAAAGUAAAUCGUCGAAUUCACAAGAAUUGGAUUUGGCGUUGUACAUGCUUCAUCAAAGAGACGUCAGAUGCGAAGAGUUGACGCACGAAUUGAUGCAAUUGCUGGAGGAACGUGACACGUUACAGUUACGUUUGUCCAAUGCGAUUCGAGUAAACGAGGAGCUGAGGAAGGCUGGCGGCAGUUCGGAUAGUCCUAAGAAAGAGGCGACGAUGAGCUCUGAUGGUGGGGAACCGGUCGUUGAACAGCCUUCGCCGUCGAAGUCUGAGGGGCCGGUGGAGAUUGCUAAGGAAGCUAUUAACGAUCCGAUUGGGGAAGACAAGGAAAGGCUCGCUUUAAAGCUUUCGCAGCUUCACACGAUGAGCCACGCGAAAGACGUGCGAUUGAGGGACGAGCGAGAGUUAAGGCACACGCAGCAAAUGUCUUUGCUGGCGCACAAAGACGUCCUAAGUACCUUACCUCCUGAGGCAGCUGCCAGGCUCGUCAAUGCAAAUUAUACACUCUGUAUGUAUUCACAAAACGAAUUACAUGUUCUUAAUCCUUUUGGGCUACCGAGAUCAAUCUUGUAUUAAGUGUCCUUUACUUAUUGCGAGUCUGCGGAUUUUAUGGAUUUAUAGAAUUGAUUUGCAGAAAAUAUAAAGAUUGCAUUUGGUUUGCAUAAAUAUGUAUUGUGAGUAAGGGCAAACCAAAUGUUAAUUUACUUUUCAUUAUUUAAAUCGAUAUUACAGAAGUUCUGUUUUGCUUAAAAAUCCGCAGUCUAUUAUUACAUGAACCAAGCGUAGAAUUUGUACCCAUUUAGUUUGAAGUACAAGUUUUUUGGGAACACCAUUUUGUAGCAUUUUUUUAUAGAGGCUCCAAAAUGAUCUCGAAGGGUCGUAAAUAUUUUUAU